UCUCUCCAUGAAUUGUUAUUCACUGGAAGCGGCUGUCUUCUGUCUCUCUCUCUCUCUCUCUCUGCGAGGAAAAAUGUCCGCGAAUCAUCAGCACAUGCUCCGCCUAGUCCUCUCGUGCCGCAAAAUCACGGCGCAGGUCACGAACCCCACGACCUCCACCAUCAUAGCCAUGGCCUCCUCCACGGAGCAAGAAUUCCUCGCCCAGUACCGCACCAGGCUCAACCGCUUCCCGCGAUCCCACCACUUCUGGGACGCCAAAAUGGCAUCCCGUGUCGGCGAGAAGCUAGGGUUCCGCCUCAAGGAGAUUGGCGUUACCAGCAUCAAUAUCGACCUCGACGAGGAGCUUUCUCGCCCAAUUCAUUACAGGAAGAGAGUUUUGCCGCUGUUCGAUUCAGUAAAACGCCUGGGCGUCGCCGUCGAUGGAGUAGAGAAAUUAGGAGAGAUUGGGCCUGCGUAGAUUGCGCUUUUAAGGUGAGCACUGAAUCGAGAGAUCAUAUUUUUGGUGUGAGUGAGAUACAGGAAAGGUAUACCACUAAAUUUUGAUGGAGUGGUGCUCAUUAUUGUAUUUCAUUAGGUUUAUACUUGUAUUGAUCAUUGUUAUAGUAAUAAUGUAUCUGAUUUUUCAGAAAACGAAACAAACAAUGAAAUUGAUAAUUUUUCUUCAAAAA